CUAUAACAUUUGUUUGCUAGGGUUUUACGUACAUUCUCCUUCUCAGAAAUAAUGGCUGACGACUCCCACUACCCAUCCAGCGGCGACUCCGCCUCCGUCAAACGCAAGUACGAAGACGUCGGACCUCCGCCUUCCUCCGCCCGUCGCCCCACCGGAUUCUCCGCCCCCGACUCUGCUCCGUCCUACAACAACGUACCUCCACCUAUGGACGAGAUCCAGCUCGCCAAACAGAAGGCUCAGGAGAUCGCCGCGCGUAUCUUUAACAACGCCGAAGCUAAGAGAUCCAAGUUUGAUAACGACGGAACCGCUGGUGGUGGUGGUUGGGAUGCCAGUGAUGCCAGAGACUUCAGUUCUGGUCCUACUGAUAUGGGACAUGCUGCUGCUUCAAUUCCUUCUAGUUACGGUGGCUAUGCAGCAAACUCAAGCAAAAAAAUCGAGAUCCCAAAUGGCAAAGUUGGUGUCAUUAUUGGGAAAGCUGGGGAAACCAUUAAGUAUCUUCAAAUGCAAUCUGGGGCAAAGAUCCAGAUCACCAGGGAUAUGGAUGCAGACCCACAUUCACAGACUAGAGACGUUGAGAUCACAGGUACCGCAGAUUCUAUAGCAAAAGCCGAGCAGUUGAUUAAGGAUGUUCUUGCUGAGGCCGAGUCCGGGGGUUCUGGCACAGUUUCUAGAAGGGUGAGUGGUCAGUCAGGUGGGGGUGAACAAUUUGUGAUGAAAAUUCCAAACAAGAAGGUUGGUCUUGUUAUCGGUAAAGGGGGUGAGACGAUAAAAAGUAUGCAAGCCACUACAGGAGCGCGUAUUCAGGUGAUACCGCUACACCUGCCCCCCGGAGAUACAUCAACCGAGAGGACCGUACAGAUAGAUGGAACAAGUGAUCAGAUCGAGGCUGCAAAACAAAUGGUUAAUGAAGUAAUUAGCGAGAAUCGUGCAAGAAAUCCAAUGGGCGGCGGAUACUCUCAGCAAGGUUAUCAAGCCCAACCACCCACUAGUUGGGCGCCACCUGGCCAACAAAUGCAGCAACAGGGUGGCUAUGGCUACUACGGUCAACCUGGUGCAUACCCUGGUCAGGCUGCUUAUACCCAGCAGCCAUAUGGAGGUGGGUAUGCCGCCGGCUGGGACCAGUCGUCAGCUCAGCAGACUGCUCAGGGUGGUGGUGGUGGUGGUUAUGAUUACUAUGGUCAGCAACAAAGUCAACAGACCCAACCACCUGGUGGACCAGGCUCUACAGAUACAUCAGCUUACGGUUAUGGUCAACAAGGUCAAGGUUACGGCCAGGAUGGAUAUUAUCAACAUGGUUAUGGUAAUCCCUCAUCUGGAUAUAAUACUGCGGGUCAAACCGAUGGUCAAACUGCGGGGUAUGGGGCUCAGGGUGAUAAUGCUAGUCAAGCUCCUCCAACUUCUGCACCUCAAUCUGGUUACGGUCAGCAGCCUAGUUCAAACCCGAGCUAUCCACCUCAGGGUUCUGGUCAACCAGGGUAUGGAAGUCAACCUUCUGGAUACGGUGGUUAUGGACCUCCUCCGACACAAAAGCCACCCGUCAGCCAACCUACUAACGGGCAGUCACCCAGUGCAACCGGCUAUGCUCAACCGGCAUACGGUGCACCACCUACUUAUGGUGCUACAGGAUAUGGCCAACCGCCAUAUGGUGCACCACCUGCUGGUCAGCCAAGCUAUGGGGGACAACAACCGCCAGCGUAUGGCGGUGGAUACCAACAGCCUCCUGCUUAUUCUUCUGAUGCAGCGGCGUCUCAGGCAGCUCCACCUGUUCCCAAAGCUUCACCGCAGCAGAAUUAAGAGUAAGUGAUGGUUUUUAACCUAGAUUGUAGUGGAGUUGAUACUGAGGAUGUUUUGGAUUGCUUGAUUUUGUUAAUGGGUGGAUUACCUAUUUAUUCAUGGACCAAAGUUUCAGACAUGUUCUAUAAAACAUGCACAUCAUCCAAAUUUUAUAUUUACUAUUUCCUUAUUAAUAAUAA